AUGUCUGGAAACCUUACAGAAGAACAAAUUGCCGAAUUUAAGGAAGCCUUUGCGCUGUUUGACAAGGAUAACAAUGGAUCGAUCUCUUCGUCGGAGUUGGCGACAGUGAUGAGAUCUUUGGGGCUAUCUCCCAGCGAAGCGGAGGUUUCGGACCUGAUGAACGAAAUCGACGUGAACGGAAACCACAAGAUCGAGUUCAGCGAGUUCUUAGCGUUGAUGUCGCGCCAGUUGAAAUCGAACGAUUCGGAACAGGAAUUGCUCGAAGCGUUCAAAGUUUUCGACAAAAACGGGGACGGACUUAUUUCUGCUGCAGAGCUCAAGCAUGUGCUCACGUCGAUCGGUGAGAAGCUCACGGACGCGGAAGUGGAUGAAAUGCUGCGGGAAGUAAGCGAUGGUAGUGGUGAAAUUAAUAUCAAGCAAUUUGCUGCUCUUUUAUCGAAAUGA